UAAUUCAGGGGCAAUAUAAAGAUUGUGGGCCUCGCUGUGUUGAUGAGUCAAGAUUACUAUCAUAAAUCCUCUCCUUUCCUAACAGUUUUCUAGAACUAUUUAUUAUCAGAAAUGCCAAGAAGCAGGUCUAAAUCACGGUCUAGAAGUCGCAGCUCGUCUCCACGACGUAAAAGGAAGGAAAGACCGUACAGAAAACACAGUAGAAGUCGAUCUCCUUCAACUACCAAACGAAAGACUCGAAGUAGAUCGCCAAGUAGCAGAAGAGAAAGGGAGAGAUCACCUCGCCGGAGAAGGUCUCGUUAUUCAAGGAGCAAAUCACGGUCUCCUAGUGUGGACAGAUUCGGCAGGACAAUACCCAAAAAGAAGGAUGAUGAGUCGAAGAGAAAAGAGGAAGAGAAACGACUCGAGGAGAUGGAGAGGCAACGUAAAAUUCGGGCAGCUGAGAGGGAACAGAGGCUCAUUGAAGAGGAGACACAAAAGCGUGUGGAAGAAAUGGUAGCUAAGAGAGUAGAAGAGCAACUAGCAAAAAGAAAAGAUGAGAUUGAUAAAGAGGUGAUGCGGAGAGUUGAGGAAGCCAAGAAGAUCAUGGAACAGCAGAUGCUGGAGGAAUUUGAAAAAAGAAAACAAGAGCAGAUUGAACAAUUACGCCUGAGAGAGGAGGGAGAAAGACAAGAGAGAGAACGUCUGCAAAAGCUGGUCACAGAAAAAGAUAAACUAUUAGAGGAUGCACAACAAAAGUUGGCAGAAGAGAGGUUGGCAAUGGUUGAAGAGAGAAGGACUCUCAAUCAGCAAAAAGCCGACCUGGAGAGGGAAGUUAGAAAACAAGAGCGAGCUGCACAAGAACUCAUCUUAAACAAAAGCAAAAGUGCACGGCCCAAGCUCUCGUUUGGCCUCAAGAACAAGAGUGGUUUUUGAUCUUCUCUCAUCAAUUAUGUUUAAUGACCCAAUGGUACAGGCGAUAUACAGUAGAGCUCACAACCAAGUGUUAAAAAGGCUUUAUGAUCCGGUAGUGCCAAGAAAUGCAGGGUAUCUUAGCAUCAGCUAUUACAGGCUUAUGGCCAGGGGGAAGUUGCUCUCAAAUGAAGGUACACCAACCAAAAUAGAAUAUGAGUAUAUUUUAUGAGUAUGAGUGCUAGGAGGAGAUGCCUUAAAGAAAUUGUCCACUAAAUGGGUAACCAACCUGCUCGAUAUUCUGGCUACGGGCUUAUAAUAUAAAGUCCAUUUUAUGGCAUAGUCGGCCACCAGAUUUUGGUGAACCUUGGUAGUAUACAUAAGUUAACCCUUCCUACUCAUUAUCAGAGACCUUUUUUUUACUUUCACGAUUUUUUAGAAUAAACCAAAGAAUACAAUUUCAACAACAGACAACUUUUGGGGUAUUUCUAAAUGUUUAUUACUAAAAGAAAUUGUAUUAUGUUUAAAGCUAAAAUAUCGUGGCCUGCAAGCUAAAUUCUGGGUGUUAUCUUCAUUAGUACCUAUUGUUCGCAUGUUCAAAUAUCCAGCUUGCUUUGCGGGCAUUCCCACACGUGACGCGGGGGUGAGCUUUGGGAGCACCUGCAAGCUGGGAGCUGGAUCUUCAAGCAUGUAUUGUCUAAUGACUGUGUAGCUUGUGAGAUUUUGCUAUAUAUAGACAAUAUAUAUUCUGGUGAACAGGACAUUCUUGUAAUGAGACAGAUUUCUACCACUCCCUCGUACCAGGCCUGUCCAUUGAACAAACAGUGAAAAUAUGACGGGGCCAAAUUUCUCCCUUGAUUCUUUUCGGAUACGCUACUGUAAUGUGCAUGUCCUUAUGUAGAGUGGGGCAUUUUUAACAAAAGAUCCCUAGUCUGGAUGCAGUUGUUAAAAAAGACCCUGGGGUAUGACUUGCAUAAAAAUGUUGAAAAAUCCACCAUUCGCUUUUGAAGAUGUAUAUAAAUAGUCUUUUUACGGUAGAUAUCUAGUUAUCUUUUUUUUGUCAAAUCAUUUGUGCUUGUGCUUCCCUUUUAUAAAUUUCCUGAAAAUGUUCAUGAAUGAACUUAUAGGUAGUACAUAAAGUAAAGGUUAUUAGUGGUGAAUUUUUUACAGUCAAUAAAGAUUUGUCAUUAACGUU